GCUGUUUGCGCGUCGACGGUGACGCGUCGCGAGUCGCUCCUCGCCACGAGAUCGGGUUAAAGUCGAUCUCUCGCGCGAGUCCUGCGCGAGGAUACGCGCGCUCGGUGAUCGCCGCGAGUGUGUCCUCCUCUCGUCCGGCCUGUCGGUCGGCCGGCCGUUGACUAACGAGUGUUCUCUUGUGGAUGAGAGCGUGGUAAUACUGCCGCGAGUGAAGCAGCAUCUCUCAUUACGAUGGAGUAGAAAGAGAAAGAGAGAGAGAGAGCGCUUAGAGAUACACCGACUACCGAAAUAAUCAAGCAACCGAUCGGCGCGACGCAUAAACUCGUUUUUUUCACGGAGGGAAAUGUGCGCCCUUGGAAUAUGAGAAAUGUCUCUCCUCCUCUUCUCUCUUCUUGCUCCUACUGGCCCCGUCGUCCCUUACCUGACGAUCCUCCGGCAAAGGAUCGCCAGCGCGGCACGGAACGCGCUGGCGAUCCCCUCGCGACGAUCGUUGCAUAACGAUCGGCGUCACGCGGCAGCAGCUGCAUCACGCGUUCCGGGCCUCUUUUCGCCGAGAGGCUGCAUAAAUAACUCUGGCCGCGGCAGGAUCGUAAAGCGAGGCUCCGGGUCGGGUCGAUCCGCGGCAUUGAACCGUGAAGCCGAUCAGCCGCGCACCACGACACGACCACCGGCGUCGCGCAACGACGAAAGAGAGAAAGAGAUUCCGCUUGUCGCGACGACCGGCGUCGAAGUUUAUUCCGCGCGAUCGCGCGUCCACGUCGAGAGUGCAGAAGCUCGCUCGGAUGGACCUCUCUCGUCGCGAGCGUAAUACUUGAUUUCCCACGUGGCACGGUGCGGGCGCGCUAUCUCUUUACCGCGCCAGCUGUGAGGUCGAUUAAUCGCUCGUUUCUCACCACUGGAUGCCCUGCCCUUUCUGUGAAAAAGAAUCGCCGUCACGCGAAAGACGCUUAAUUGUCGACAUUACGCUCGUCGUGCCGACUCGUUGGUUGGACGUGUUAAUUCGCCGUCGUCGGGAUUCCAGCAGCGAAUACGGCACGAGAUUCGCGGCAUUUGCUUUUUUCUUCCCCUCUCUCUCUCUCUCUCUCUCUCUCUCUUCCCUUUUGAGGGCGUAACGUCGUGAACGUUGUCGCUGCUGCUGCUGCUGCUGCUGCUGUCGCUGCUGCUGCGCGUAACGAGCGACGUGGACCUAAUCGCGAGAAGAGCAAGGGGAAAUUUCGGGAAACACGAGUACACGCUCGUCGCACCUCGCGGAUGAUACGCGACGGACGAUCGUUUCUUCCAGCAGACCGAGAGCGGCGAAGAGCAGCAGGACAAACGGCUGCGGGUGAGAGGGCGCGAUGUUCGAGAACAUUGCGCGCCGUCACCGACGAAAUUGGAUCGCGCCGUCCUCUCACCGAGGAAGCGAAGCGUCCGAACGUACGUUGUAGUAGAGAACACUUCGACGGCGGGGCACGAAGAAAUCUCAAGGACACGUCGAACGAUCGUCGUCAUCGUGAGAGCAUGAAUUCGACGAGAAGAAGCGGGGCGCAUUAUGAGCGAGUCAGGAUCACGUAAUGUUGCGUGGCUUGUGUCACGUGCCACGUGGUCGACAUAGCUCCCAUCAUAGUGUGUGGUGAAAGCGGGUUAAGUCGUACGCGAUUAAUCGGCGUUUAAUCGCACGCCAAGCCGUAGGGUGACCGCCGCGCAAAUUGAAAGCACUCCGCCGGUGGUUCGGAGGACAGACAUGUCGAGACGACCUCGCGGUCGGCUCGACGCGGAACUCGCUGGCGCCGUCUCGAUAUAAAACGCGACUGGUGAUAAAGAAGAGGAGGAGAAAGAAGAAGAGGAGGAGGAGAAGGAAGAAGAAGAAGGAGGAGAGUAAACUCUCGAAGCGCAUGGCAGGAGGGGAGACAGGGGGAGAGGCAGUGAGCGAGAGGCGCAAAAUGGGAGCAACGAAAUAUGUGUUAGGCAGCGCGAUCUUAGGACUCUUCUGGAGCAGCUUGCUGAAGGGCGUCCUGACUAACUCCACCAGCAGGUGCGACUAUCCGCCCUGCUCCUGUGAUCAUUACGGCAGACUCAACUGUGACUGCAAGGAGGAGGGCGAGGAAUUGAUCCUGACCACGGAGGGAGACAGACGGUUGAGCCCGCACACCAGCCGGAUAGUGGUGAGCAACUGCUCGUCCGUGAUCCUGACAAACUCGAGUCUCGCCUCGAUGGUCGGGCUACGAUCGGUGGACCUGGUGAACGUGGCGAAUCUGAGCCUGGUGCGGCAGAGCUUCGAGCUAUCGGCGCAUAGCGCACGCACGCGAAUCUCCGUGAGGAACAGUAGCAUCGACGUGAUGCCGAGCUUUGUGUUCCGCGGCGACGUCGAAGCGAUCACCUUCGAGAACGUGAGGAUCGGCCAGCUGAGUGCCUUCUCGUUCGCCAAUCUGGUGCACACGGACACCCUGCGGCUGGAGAACUGCCGUAUCGAGACGACGGAGGCGCAAGCCUUCAAGAAGUUUGACGUCGGCUAUCUGCACGUGAUCGGCGGCAGUUUCGGCGAGCAGGUGCCCAGCCGCACGAUGAACGACAUCGAGGUCUACCACAAAUUUAUGCUGGACGGCGUGAGGAUGGGCGUCGUACGGAGCGACGCCUUCAUAGUGAGGAGCCCGCGCACAGUGGCGAUACAGAACUGCGCGAUCGACACUCUGGAGAGCGAGGCGUUCGAUGUGACGGCGCACGGCGCCGUGAUCGUCAAGAACAACACAUUCGGCAGCAUCGGGGUAGGCGCGUUUUUAGGUAUACGCGCGGAUCGUGAAAUCAGAGCGCCGUCGUCGUCGGCGAACGGCCUGCACGAUCUCAUCUUCAAGAACAACAGCGUCAACAGCUUCGAGGAGGGCUCGUUGAUGUUCGACCGCACGAGCUUCCGGCCGGAGCUCGACAAUCUCUUGGUCGCACAGGCCUGCGACUGCCAGAUGCUGCCGGUGUGGAAGAACAACGUGCUCAACUACAGCAACGUGUACUCGCGGUUCUACGCGAGACAAAACUCGCUCGCGCCGCCAACGUUGCAACCUCAGGAGCCGAUCAACGAGACCCCGGAGACGUUCCUCUGCUUGGAUGCCCGGGUGGAGGGUGUACCGACGAGCUUCACCGAUUACGAGGCGCGCCACUGCUCGCUCGGCGGCUCUAUGCUCAUCUUCAUUCUCAUCAUCGCGGCCGCCCUGCUCGCCCUGAUAGUGGCCGUGUGCCUGAUCGUCUGGUGUUGCCGGAGACGCAGACGGAACAACCGGAAGAAGUGGAUCAGUGUGCCGACCAACGCGCCCGACGUGGUCUCCAAGAAGAACGGCGUGAUCGGCAGAGAGGCGGCCACCUCCGGCACACCGGUUGACAGUAGGAUAACCAUGGUAGUGCCGGACGGCAGGCUGUACAGAGAGACCGAGUUCCACGUGAUCGUCGAGAAGGCCGAGCCGCUCACGACCGAGUUGUAACGAGAAGCCGCGGGCGGCUCGGCGACGAGGGGGCCCGCGAUCGCUCCUGUCGAGGAGGAACUCGAGUGGGCGGAAACGUCGAGUCGUUUUCGAGUGUACAAACUGUGAAACGCUGCGCCGGUGAAGAGAACAGUGACGGGGAUUCAUGAGAUCGGUGACUCUCGAAGACGGGGAGGAUCCGUUUCCUGUCGCGCAAUGACAAACGGACACUCCAUGGACGUUGUUGACCGCACUUCCUUAACGUAAAAUUGUAAAUCGUCGACGCGCUUGAGAUAAUAAUAGAACGCCGAGCGUAACUCCCCCCUGAAGGUAUCAUCUUUUCGUUUUUGUCUUUCUUUUUCUUUCCAUUUAACUAUCUCUCCUAGUACAACGCAGUUUGUAAGCUUUCAUUCACAUAUCACAGGCGGCCGCCAAUUACCUACCGCGGCUCUCUCAUUCCUCGAGUCGACCUUUCGCCCCAAAGACGCUCGCGUUCCUCGAUGGCGACCCAGGAGAUCCGUAAACGAGUCGCGGACUCGGAUGAUCGGCCACCGUUGUUAGUUAAGUUUACCGUUGCGUAACUUUCGAGAACGGGCCAGUGUCGUAGAGGACGAGGCGAACUCGUGAAGCGAUGCGAUUUAGAAGGAGAGAAGAAGAGUGUGUGUAUGUAUGCGCGCGUGAGAGAGAGAGAGAGAGAGAGAGAGAGAGAGAAAGGAGAAGAACGUACACAUAAGUCGUGUAUGUAGAGAAAACUCGCUGUCUUGUGUAAGAUACGCGAUUGGACCGACCUUUCGCAUCUCGUUGCUUUAAGUUUGUCGAUCGACCGCGGUAGCGGUCACCGACGUAACGUUACGUAUUAGUGAGCGUUCCGAGCGAAUAUCACGGUACGAAAGGGCCAAGAUGAUCGCUCGCUCGAUGACAGCUGUGCCAUUCCUGGAGUGACGUCACACACACACAUACACAGACACACAACGUCCACACACAUCUCGUGUCCACUCCGUAGAAAUUCUGAUCUCUCGAGUGUGGAAAGAAAUAAAUAAAGACUUCUUAUUAAGCUUUCAUAUCAAAAUCCCUCGAAACCUAUCGUUUUUAUAAAGUGGCGGAUCGACGAUGAUGUAAUUGCGAUAACGGACGAAAAUAAACUGGCGAGAUAAACCUCUCUGUGUCAAAGGAACAGUCCCACACUGCGGGGAGCGCGACAGCGAGAGCAAGAACGAGAGCGAGUGAGCGAGCGAGCGAGCGAGAGAGAGAGAGAGAGAGAGAGAGAGAGAGAGAGAGAGAAGCGAUAGCCGCGAGAAAUAUAAACUGCGGCGUGAGUCAGUCUUCACGCACGUCGUGCUGUGGAUUCUCUUAUCGUUUCAUUAUCACGUUGCUCUAUUAAUAUCGAUGUGUAUUUAUUCGUAUGCCUUCGCAGAUACCUGGCCGAUAAUAAACUGUUGUUACUGUUAUUAUCAUUUACACACUUAGUCUUAAGUGAGUCUCGAUAAUUGAACGUUACGUACGCGAUUGUUCCGUGUGAAAUUGACGAUUCGAUUAAAUGGCUACAUAAAAAAAAAUCCCGUGGAAUUUGUAACAAUAAAUUGAAUAACUUUGUGCACCGGCGAUGUAACAACGAGAGAAUUUUAACGUGGAACCGAUGACCAUAUGAAGCCAAUCGGAAAAAAACCAUUCAGAAUGUACAUCCCGACACGUACCCCUCGACACGUUUAAUCUACGUGAAAGGCCCUGAUGAUGAGCCACCGUUUUUCCACAAUGCAAUGAUAAAAAUAAAUAAAUAAACACUGUCCCUUUCCUCA